AUGGGCGUCCCUACGGACGUCAGCAACUCUACAAGCAUGACCUCGACAAUCGACCAAAUCAAGGCCAAGUUUGGUCCUGAUUUCACAAUCGCCGCGGCCAUUUACAACGUGGCAAGCAAAUUCACGAGAAAACCUUUCUUGGAACAAAGCCAGGAAGACUUUCUCGGGAGCCUUGAGCCAUCUGUUAAGGGUGCUUUUAACUUCGCCCAGGCUACACUGCCCCUGAUGCUCAAUGCCGAAAAGGGACAGUCUCCGCCCACUCUCAUUUUCACCGGCGCAACGGCUGCACUGAAAGGAGGAUCCGGGCUUUCCGGCUUUGCUAUGAGCAAGUUUGGAAUCCGUGCUAUGUCACAGUCUCUCGCGCGUGAAUUCGGCCCGAAGGGUGUUCAUGUCUCACAUGCGAUUAUUGAUGGCAUCAUUGACACCGAGAAGACCAAGGGCUAUCUUAGUGAUGUCCCAGAUGGAAAAAUCGAUCCUGAAUGGAUUGCGGAAUCUUACUGGUUUUUGCACUCACAGCCAAGGACUUCGUUUACUCAUGAGAUUGAUCUCAGACCGUAUGCAGAGACUUGGUGA